AAUAGAGCAGCAGUGUCACUGGUGAGACAGACCUGAUAACAUAUUUCUACUUCAUCUCUGAAUCCAUCACCAGAACAUUACAGCAAUGGCAAGCAAUUGGAGUUCUGAAAAGGAGGCAACUCCAGAGAUCCAGGAGAUCUGCAAUAGGAUGAAGCCAUUUGCAGAAGGUUCUGUAGGUCUGACCUUUAGUGUGUUCAUUGCCAAACAGUACAUUUUUCAAUUUAAUGAAGACACGCACAAAAUGAAGUACUCAAUCAGAGUACAGGGGCAAGACUACUACAUUCAUCUGGAGGUGGCUAAAUCUCCUGUAGAGGAGCUGAAGUUCAUUAAUUGUCUGCUCCCUAGAACUGCAGAUGACCCUCUACCACAUUUUUAAGGGGCUGCAAAGACACAGACAGAUGUUCAGCAUUAAAAGCAUUAUAUAUUUCUCUGUUCUGUACACAUAAACCAGCUACUAUGUUUCACAGGUUUGCAUGUAAUCAACACAUUUUACAUGAUGUAACUGUAUUGAGAUCAUUUGACACUCUUAUAAUUUUAAACCGAGAUCAAAAUCUUCGAAAGUAGAUGGACUGUUUUCAAUGCAUGUUAUCUGGAAUAAAUGAACAGCUUUAUAUUAUGUUUCAUCUGUGUUAAAACACGCAUCAUGUCCUCAAAUAAAGAUUUGAUGCUCUUGAACUUUAAAUUUGAUAUAUUGUAGAUUAUUAAUGCUAUGUGUAAUGUGCCUGACUUUACAGUUGCUAUUGUAAGGACCACCCAUCAACGGUAUCCA